CGCGACGGGGAGCACUGGUACGAGGAUGGCAAUGUCGAGCUUCUCGCCGAGGGAGUCCAGUUCCGUGUGUAUCAGCAACCCUUGGUCGAGCAAUCCCUCAUCCUCAGAGAAUUGUGGGAGGAAGCAAGGGCGCGUGGGUACUCGGGUCCCAGGGUUAUACAUUUGUCAGAAACAUCUCCCGAGGAUGUCAGACAUGUCCUCAAGUUCUUAUAUGGCGGUACUACUUGCGUCGAACCCUCCUUCGAAGAAGUCUCCGCGCAUAUCCGCUUCGGGCACCAGUACAAGACGGAGAAGCUACUCAAGCGCAGCUUGGACUACCUCAAGAAGUUGUAUGUCACACGAUUGGAAGCCUGGGUCCAGCUGCCUAGCAUUGACCCUCCUUUGUUUCAGCCCAUUCACGCGAUCGGCGUGGUCAAGUUGGCACGCCUGUUAGGAGUGGACGGAGCAGAGCUACUUCCGAUCGCGCUGAUGCGAUGCUGCACGCUCGGCGCAGAGAUCGUCGAAGGCUAUAUACGCGAGGACGGCGCACAGGUGACGCUCUCGUCAGAGGACCUCGGGCGGUGCUUCGUAGGCAGGACGAGACUACUCGAAGCGAGC